UGUAUUUCAUUAAAAUCUUUAAAGCUUUAUUCAUAAUUGCUAUUGGUCUACGAAAUUAAUUUUUGCACAUCAAUGGAAAUUUGUUACAACCAAAAUUAUAAAAUAAAAUAUCACCAAUGUAAACUAAAAUGACAAGGUGCCAAGGCAAAAUUAAACACAGAACUGGAUUAUUGGAAGGAUGGAGCUAACUAGCUUGCUGGAGUGAGAUGAAUCACUUUUGUGUGACCUUUUUCGCCAUGGUCUUGUAACUCCAGCAAUGAUUGGUUGUGACUAUGCAAAUAAGGUGUGGGUGUUCCACCAGAGGACUGGACAGCCUGUUUCUAAUGAAAAUAAGAUGCAUGAACCUUGUGGGGGUGGGUAAUGCUAAUAAGGUGUAUGGAACCCUUGUAGGGGAUUGGUCAGUUUUGCCAUCCUGCUAGGUUUAAAGGGAUUCAAUUCUAGAGUUUGACAAAGACCUCACUACUAUCCAAGAAGAAGAAGCAGGCUUGGGAAUUAAUGGUAUGUGUAGAAUAGUGGAUUUCAGGUGAUAUGAUAUAUGUGGUCCAUGUCUCAUCUUCCCCUGCAGGACACUCUGGCUCUGAAGACAAAUAUCGGUCACCAUGAAAUGACGAAAUGGCCACCAGGGAUUUCACAAUAGCAAUGGUCUUCUUAUCACAGACUACAGUUGGUAUUCUGGGGAAUUUCUUUCUUCUUUACCAUUAUAUCUUCCUUUACUUCACUGCAUGUAAGUCAAGGUCCACAGACUUGAUUCUCAAGCACCUGAUGGUAGCCAAUUCUUUGGUCAUUAUCUCUAAAGGAAUUCCAGUGACCAUGGCAGCUUUUGGGUGGAAAGAUUUCCUCAAUGAUAUUGGAUGCAAACUUGUUUUCUAUGUUCACAUGGUGGGUAGGGGAGUGUCCUUUGGCAGCACCUGUCUCUUGAGUGUCUUCCAGGCCAUCACCAUCAACCCCAGAAAUUUCAGGUGUGCAGAGCUUCAAGUGAAAUCUCCAAAAUACAUUGGCUUCUCCAAUAUCCUUUGUUGGAUCCUCCACAUGCUGGUAAAUAUCAUUAUUCCUAUGUAUGUGACUAGCAAUUUGAGCAACAAAACUACCACAGACAAAAAAAAUUUUGGAUACUGUUCUUCUGUGCGUCAUGACAGGACUGCAGACUCACUGCACGCGUUAACUUUCCCUGAUGUUGUGUGUUUGGGACUCAUGCUCUGGUUCAGCGGCUCCAUGGUUUUCAUCCUGCAGAGACACAAGCAGAGGGUCCAACACAUUCAUAGGAACACCGUCUACCCCAGAUCUUCACCUGAGACCAGAGCCACCCAAACCACCCUUGUCCUGGUGAGCACCUUUGUGUGCCUUUAUAGCCUCUCUUCCAUUUUGAACAUUUUUAUAGCAGUUUUUAAUCGUCCCAGUCAGUGGUUGUUGAACAUGGGUGCACUAACUGCUGUGUGUUUCCCAACUGUCAGCCCCUUUCUUGUCCUGAGCCGUGACUCCAGUGCCUCCAGGGUCUGCUUUGUGUGGAUAAGGAAGACAAAAUCCCCUCAUUAUACCAGAAAUAUCUAA